UUUUUUUUGUUUGGUUUUGAUUCAUCAUCUGAUUCUGAUAUUUGGUCACAUCGAUUAUCAUUUUGGUGAUUGAUUGAAUUUAGUUUAGCUUUUCUUCUGUUUGCGUUUUUUUUUCUAUCAUAUUUAUAUUCUUUUGAUGAUUGAUUCGUAUGAUGAGCUUUAAGCAACAAAAAGACGUAAAAAUGAGAAUUCGAUCUUUUCCUACAACUAUGGACGAAAAAUUUGUCAACACUAUUUGGAUACGAUUAAAGACGGCCAUACAAGAGAUACAGAAAAAGAAUAACAGUGGAUUAAGUUUUGAAGAAUUAUAUCGUAAUGCAUAUACAUUGGUUCUACAUAAAUAUGGUGAACGUCUUUACACUGGUCUUCGUGAUGUAGUCAAAGAACAUUUGGUUAGCCAGAUUAGAGUGGAUGUUCUUAAUGCACUUCCAAAUAAUAAUUUUCUACAAGUUUUAAAUCAAAAGUGGAAUGACCAUCAAAUAUCGAUGACCAUGAUACGCGAUAUACUCAUGUAUAUGGAUCGUGUCUAUGUCAAUCAGAAUAAUGUUGACAAUGUAUAUAAUUUAGGUUUGAUAUUAUUUCGAGAUAAUGUUGUUCGUUAUGGACCUAUUCGUGAUCAGAUACGUGAAACAUUAUUGGAUCUAGUUAUGAAAGAACGUAAUGGUGAAUUGAUCGAUCGAUUGGCCGUAAAAAAUACCUGUAAUAUGUUGAUACAUUUGGGUAUUUCACAUCGUACGGUUUAUGAGGAAGAUUUUGAAAAACAUUUCCUACAACAAUCUGCAGAAUUUUAUAAAGUUGAAAGUCAAAAAUUUUUAGCUGAAAAUAGUGCAUCAGUAUAUAUACGUAAAGUUGAACAACGUAUCAACGAAGAAGCUGAACGUGCACGUCAUUAUCUGGAUGCAUCAACCGAAAGUGUCAUUGUUAAAGUUGUGGAACAAGAAUUGAUUAGCCGACAUAUGAAAAACAUUGUUGAAAUGGAACAUUCUGGUGUGGUACAUAUGUUGGAAAAUCAAAAAGUUGAAGAUUUAGCACGAAUGUAUAAACUUUUUAGCCGUGUUGAUAAUGGUCUUACCACAAUAAUUGCGGCUGUCAGUAAUCAUCUACGUCAAGAGGGAAAAUCAUCGGUCACUGAUGAUGGAAACAAAGAAGAUCCUAUUGCAUUUGUUACUGCUCUUCUCGAUCUAAAGGAUAAAUAUGAUAUAUUUUUAAAUUGUUCAUUUUUCAAUGACAAAGAAUUUCUUAAGAUGAUUGGCAAAGAUUUUGAACAUUUUUUGAAUCUAAAUCCUAAAUCACCAGAAUAUCUGUCAUUAUUUAUUGAUGAUAAAUUGAAAAAAGUUGUUAAAGGAAUGGCCGAUCAUGAAAUUGAACAAAUUCUUGACAAAACAAUGGUACUAUUUCGAUAUAUACAGGAUAAGGAUAUCUUUGAACGUUAUUAUAAACAACAUUUGGCUAAACGAUUAUUAUUGAACAAAAGUUCAUCGGAUGAUCUGGAAAAAAGUAUGAUUUCGAAACUUAAAACCGAAUGUGGCUGCCAAUUUACAUCGAAAUUGGAAGGAAUGUUUAAAGAUAUAUCAUUAUCAAAUUCAUUGAAUGAUGAAUUCAAAAAUCAUGUUCUCAAUCAUAGACUCAAUCUUCAAGGUGUUGACCUUACUGUACGUGUUUUGACCACUGGUUUCUGGCCAACACAAUCAAAUUUUUUCCAAUGCAAUAUUCCUAUGAUUCCUCGACAAGCUUUUAAACAUUUUGAUAAUUUCUAUCUGAACAAACAUAAUGGAAGAAAAUUGACAUUACAACCACAACUUGGUUGGGUUGAUUUGAAUGCCGAAUUCUAUACAUCAGUGAAAAAAUCUAACAAUAAUGAUGAAAUGAAUAAGAAUGUUGUGGCCAAAUUGGACAAUACUGUUUCAUCAUCGGCACCAAAUGCAAAUGUAAACAAUGGAUUAUCAUCAUCAUCAUCAUCAUCGAUACAAUGUACAAUAAAGCCACGAAAACAUAUACUGAAUGUAUCAACCUAUCAGAUGGCCGUUUUAAUGUUAUUUAAUAAUCGUCGUAAAUUAACAUAUGAAGAUAUUAAAAAUGAAACUGAAAUUCCACCAAAAGAUCUUAUUCGUGCUCUACAAUCAUUGGCAGUUGGUAAAUCAUCGCAACGUGUCCUGUUGAAAAAUCCAAAGACAAAAGAAAUUGAGCCCAAUCAUGAAUUUGAAGUGAAUGAUUCAUUUACAUCGAAAUUUUUCCGAGUCAGAAUUCAUUCAAUAUUGGCGAAAGGUGAAUCCGAACCAGAACGACGUGAAACACGAUCAAAAAUUGAUGAAGAUCGUAAACACGAAAUUGAGGCUGCUAUCGUCCGUAUAAUGAAAGCUAGAAAGAAAUUAUGUUUUGCUAAUAUUGUUGCCGAAGUAACUGAACAAUUGAAAUCACGAUUCAUUCCAGAUCCACAAUCAAUUAGGAAACGAAUCGAUGGCUUAAUAGAUCGUGAAUAUUUGGCCAAAACACCAGAUGAUAAACGAGUAUACACAUAUGUGGCGUGAAUAUUAUAUUUUUAAUUGAUUGAUAAAAUUUAGAAAAUCAAUUUGUAUUUUUAUCAUUUUU